GGUAAAAGGUUACUAAUAAAAAGUAGAAAAUAUUUUAGAAAUAUUAUAAAUAGAUGCAUAAUUAAAUACAGAUCUUCGGGUCAGUUCCAAUACAAACGUUACAGCUCAUGUAUAUGAUAUGAUUGUCUUCAUUUUUAAACGUUUCAGUUCAAAAACCAAAACCAUCUUCAGUUGUCUAGGAAAAUGAACAAAUAAGGACAAAAGUAUCACAUAUAUUAGGGUAUAAGCUGUAAUAGGCAUAUUUUUAAUAGUUUAUUUUAAUCCCUGUUUAUCUCAGCUGAACAAUUGGCAGGAAAUUGGUUAUAACCUGGGUUGACAACUAAUUAUUUAAAAGUAUUCUGUGUCGUACGUUAAAUAAUGGCAACUAUUAUUUCCUCAAUGUAUACAUCCCAUAAACCAAUAGCUUCCACACUUGGUUAUAUGGUGUGUAAGUGGCUGGUGUGUUAGUGAAAAUGUGAUUUUAAGUUUUUCUUAAUUGGUGCAUACAACAUUGCCUUCUUUGGUAAUUUGAUUGAUUGACUUUAUAUUUAAAGACUUACUUAUAUUUUUUAAAGAUAAACGUAAUUAAUGUUUUCUUGAGUUUGAGAUGCAAAAAUUAUCAUAGGUUUGGGAAAACAAGAUUGAUGAAAUGUAUAUACUGCUAGUUCUUUACAUCAGUUAACAAUAUGACAUAAUGAAGAUGGUAUUAAGCUUUGCGACAAAUAUAAUUGUGCAUGUCAAAAUCUGCUUAAAAAGAGUUUUUAUGUUUUUAUUUAGGAACUAUUUGUGUAUGAGCAAAAACUAGUCAUAAAUACUGUUUAAUCUAGUAAACUGUUUCAAAUAAAAUGAACAAACAAAACUCGGAAGAUGUCAUGCCAACCAACAGUGUGGUACAAGCAUUACUUACAGAUUUAUAUCAAGUUACAAUGGCUUAUGCAUAUUGGAAGAGUGGAAAAAUGGAGGAUAAGGCCGUGUUCGAUCUUUUCUUUAGAAAAAAUCCUUUUAAGGGAGAGUUUGCAAUAUUUGCUGGCUUGAGUGAAUGUCUCAAGUUUUUGAGCAAUUUUAGAUUUUCUGAUUCAGACAUCAAUUAUCUGAAACAAAUUCUUCCUCAUGUGGAUCCACAAUUCUGGGAAUAUCUGUCAGGCCUGGAUGCUUCUCAGGUAACAAUGUCAGCGAUUCCUGAAGGUUAUGUUGUUUUUCCAAAAGUUCCACUGAUUCGUUUGGAAGGUCCACUUCCUGUUAUUCAGUUGUUGGAAACUACUCUGCUCAACCUUGUCAACUAUGCAAGCUUGGUAGCAACAAAUGCAGCACGCUUCCGUAUAACUGCUGGGGAAAGUGUCCAGUUGCUUGAGUUUGGUUUGCGUCGUGCACAGGGACCUGAUGGGGGACUCUCUGCAUCAAAAUAUUGCUAUAUCGGAGGUUUUGACGGAACAAGUAAUGUUCUAGCUGGCAAGUUGUUUGGAAUUCCUGUUCGCGGAACACAUGCCCAUGCUUUUGUUAACAGCUUCAGUUCUUUGGAUGAAAUCAAAGGAAAUAAAUUGGUGCUGAAUCCUUUAGCAAAGUCAAAGAAAGAUCCGCAAUUAGGUUUUGUUGAACUGACCAAGUCAUAUCUGAACAAAAUAUCUCCAAUCUUAAAUGUUUUGGAGAAUGAGACAAAUGAAGGCGAACUAACCGCCUUCCUUUCCUAUGCGUUCGCCUUCCCCACUUCAUGCUUGUGUUUGCUUGAUACUUACUCAGUAAUAAAGAGUGGUUUACCAAACUUCUUAGCGGUUGCGCUUGCACUUAAUGAUUACGGUUAUCGUGUGAUCGGUGUUCGACUCGAUAGUGGUGACCUUGCUUACUUAUCAAGGAAAUGCAGAGAAGGAUUCAAUUUAAUUGCUGAUAAGUUUGGCUUGCCUUGGAUAAAGCAACUUAUUAUUGUUGCAAGUAAUGAUAUAAAUGAGGAUACUUUGAGGUCUCUGAAGGAACAGAAUCAUGAAAUAAACAGCUUUGGAAUUGGAACUCAUCUUGUGACCUGCCAGAAACAACCUGCCCUUGGUUGUGUGUUCAAGCUUGUUGAAGUAAAUGGUGAACCUCGUAUGAAACUGAGUGAAGAUGUUGAAAAGAUAAAUCUUCCUGGAAAGAAAAAUGUUUUUCGUCUUUAUUCCGAGGAUGGACUUGCAAUUCUUGAUCUAAUUCAACUUUGCACAGAGAAACCACCUGCGGUGGGUAAAAAAAUACUGGUGCGUCAUCCAUUCAAUGAAUCAAAGAGAGCAUAUGUAUGUCCACACAAAGUUGAACUCUUGUAUACAGAUUAUUGGGGGGACAAUUGUUUGAUGCAAAGUUUCUCUACAUUGCAAGAAACCAAACAAAUUGCAUCAGAUUCAUUAAAAACUUUAAGGCAAGACAUUAAGAGGGAGUUAAACCCAACACCGUACAAGGUGUCAGUGACCAAUGAAAUGUAUCAUUUCUUGCAUGACUUGUGGUUGAAGCAUGCACCCAUUGGUGAAUUAUCAUAGAUUCACGAAAAUCCACAUUUAAAAACCUGGUUUUGUUUGUUUACAAAAAAAAAUUCAGAACAUUUUAUGCAUGCAAAUUUUCUAUUUAAAAUAUUUGUAUGAAUUAGUGAAGUAGAUAUUUGUAUGAUUAUGAUGUCUUCAAUUGUAACUUGAAAUCUAUAUAUCUUGGCUUGGCCGACCGUCCGUAAUGUUGUUCAUUGUUUUUAUAUACGCAAGAAAAAUGUAUUUUAUGAAAUUAUACUCAAAUUUAUAUAGUAAUAAUAAAUAUAUUGAUAUCGGUAACAUUGGAAAAUUCUAACUUGAUUUAACCUGCUUAUAGUAAAGAAUAAUUAAGCAGUUAAACUUAAUGUUUGUAAUAUUUUUAAUGUUCUUAUAUUUUACAACGUUCACUCGAAAUAAUUUCAAAUGUCUCGAUUUAAGUUCAUAAUGUGUGCAGACGUAACACGUAACGACAUUAAAUAAAAUAACGGUAAUAAAAACUA